AUGGCCGGAGGAAUAGUCGGAGCAACAAAGAAGAGGAAGGCAAUGAAUGGCACGAAUAAGCAAGUUGUUACUGCCCAGAAGAAGGACGGUGAAAUAGGUAAGAGUUCAAAAGGUGACACUGGUUUUUUGAACGAAGAAGCAAAAACAUUGUUUGAAAGUUGUUUUUGUCAGCGGCCAUUAUUAGUGGAACGAGGCGUUGCACUGAGUGAGUUAGUUAAUACCGAGUGUCCUAAGUUUAUUGGAGGUCGUAAUUGGGAGAACAUAUUUGAUGUUAAGAAGAACGAUAAAGCAUAUAACAAUGUAGUUAGAUUGUUUUAUGCAAAUUUACAUGACUUUGAUAAGGUUGGGCACACUUUGAAGUUUGUAGUUAGGGGUAAAGAAAUAGAAGUUUUUCCUGAUUUUAUUUCAAAAAUUUUGAAAGUUCCCAGGCCUGUCAUCACCGAGAAUACCAUUGUAUUUCCUUGUAAAAGUAAAAGAGGAAGUCCCUAG